GGAGGAGCAGGAAGGUUAUCGCUGAUGUCGGGAACUGACGGAAGUGGUACAGCAAUGCCUUGAUUGGAUCUGCACACAAAAUAUAAAGAAAGCACAGCAAAUGUAAAAAUGAAUUUUCUACGUGAAAGGAGACCUGUUACGGACUCCUAUAGAGCAACUACACACAAUAACCUACACAAAAAGCUUUCUAGAUCUUCCAGAAUCUGCUCCUAUUCCAGCUGGAUUUCCUUGGCUUUCCAAAACAGUUUUUAAUUUAUUCCGCCCACUCUGCUGUGAUGGGUCCUACUACCGAGGGCUCUCGAAGACUUCCAGAUUACUGCCGGAACCUCCUUUCUAAUUUUGGUGGUAUAGGAGUUGAUAAUAAAUGAAUGAACCCUUUGGAGAGCUACUUGAAAAGUGGUUAGGAGCUACUGGUAGCUCAUUAACUACUGGUUGGAGACCCCUGAUUUACCGUGUAUGAAAACUCUAAAGUGUGUUACAUAACCUCAAAGUAAAGUAAAAAAUAGUACAAGUAAGUAAAAAAAUAUAUAAUAAAUUACUAUUAGGGCUGCAACGAUUAUUCGGAUAGUUCGGAUACCUCAGUUACAAAAAGUAAUGGAGAUUUUUUUUCACGUUUCAAAUAAACGCUUACGUCACCAACGUGCUGACGUCACCAACACAGGACGAAGAAGAAGGAGGCGGGUGUUCGAAGACGCGGGAAGAUUGAAGCGGCUAGUAAAAGCGACCAGACAACGAAAGACAAGGAAAAGUAAAUGUAAAGAAAACUGAGAAAAUGUGGCUAAACAGCAACUGGAACAGCGUUUAAACGCCGCAGACGCUGACGUUGUGCACCAACAAUUGAAUCCCAUCGUUUGCUGGUGUGGCUGAUGGAUGAAUCGAAGAACUCUGCGUAUCUACAAUCUUUGUGGCAUACGUGGGUGCAUCUGCAACGCUCUGUGUGCUGUCCGUGGUGGUCCCUGGUUCUCUCUUUGGGGGCUCCCUCGUGAUCUGUGUGAGGUGGGGUGGACAAAGAAUGACAUCAUCAGCCUUCGCAAGGACGGUAGACUGCAAAGCUUGGUGUCAGAUUCACCUGGAAACAGUGUCCGGUCAAGUCCAAGGUGGAGUAUGAUAUGGGUACUCUGGAGUAGCUUCUCUCCGGCUCCCUGCCUGAUGGAGGUGGCGUCACCAGUUUGGAGCGAGUCUUGUUUUUGGAAGUGGUGAAAAUGCUGAUCUCUCUUCUGGCCACCUUCUCGUAGUGGAUGGCUGCAGCCUGCGUCACAUCACAGUGCGGACAUUCUAAAUGAAGGUGCUGUGUGACUGGGUUGUUUCAAGGUGAGUUCAAGGUGAUACUGACCAGUGACAUCAGGUUGACUGAGGACUCCAUGUGGCCAAGACGCAUGGACUGAGAGUCCAGCAGUCUGAGCAGUAAUGUGGCCACACUGUUGAUUUGGUAGGUCACACUGGCCAAUGCCUGAGUGGCCAAACCCUUGGCCUCCUCCACAGCCUUGCUUGGGUCAUCUGCCUGUAAAAAUGUUUAUUUCUGGCUUUUUAGAGAAAUCAAAUAUUUAUUUAAUAUCGCUUGUUUACAUUUUAGUACAUACUAAUUUAUUUUACUUUUUAAAUGUUCAUUUUUUAGUAAAUAAACAUGUAUUUAAAAUAUAUAUUUUUAAGAAACUAAACUCUUAAUUUAAUACGGAUUUAAACAAAUAACAGGAAAUAUUUGAUCUAUUUAUUGAUUUUUGAAAAAUUAUUAUUUACAUUGUGUGUAUUUAUACAUAUUUAUUUUUAUGUUAAAGUGUAGACAUACUUCUCCCGACCAAUAAAAUAUGCUACUUACAGAAUGAAGCCCACAAUAACACACAAUUCAAAUAUAAUAUCCUUUAUAAUAAUUUAUCCUCUAAUAAAUAAACAAACUGCAAUCGCCUCGUAAAAAAUGUAUAAUACUGAAAUGAUGUGUGUGUGUGAGUAUAAUAUAUAUUUUGUUCAAUUCUUUUACAUUUAUAUUUUAUAAGUGAAUAUUUUUACAUUAAAUGUGUAGAAUAAAUUUAAAAUUUGAAUACAAGAAUAUAAACAGUGAUAUUAAAAAAAGUAACAAUCAACAAUAAUAUUCUGGUUUAUUUUAUAAUAAAUUAAAAUUAUGGAACAAAUAAGUUUAAUUCGUGAAAAUAAAACAUUAGACCACGAUUUGCUAAAUCAUUAAUUUCAAUAUUUAAAAUGGUUUCCCACUUUUCAGUGCAGCAGUGCAGGUGUACCUAAUGAAGUGUCCAUCAUAGCAAAAGAAGAUGUCUCACCUGCAGGUAGUUGUUUUCGCAGUAAUCUGCAACAUUCAGCAGGUUGCUUUGGUUGUCACCAAGAUUCUUCCAGGCAGUCGGCGCCUCUUGUAAUAUCUGAGAAAUAACCUCUGAAAAGUUCUUAGACUCCGUCAUUAUUUGUGGCUUAAAUCGUUACGUAUAGACUGUAGCAUGUCUCUACUUGAAGGAGGAAUGGACUUCUUCUGCUUGUUGGGCGUGUUGCUCCAUGCUGAGGAGGGGGGGCGGGAGUAGUCAAAGUCUGCACAGCACACUACGGUCGGAAUGGAAGAAAUGAAAUAAUAUUCAGAGAAAAGAAAAGAGAAAAGCAAAAGAUUAAUGUUUUAUCAGCAAUGCAUGUGCACCACAGAUGCGUAAAAUGUGGUCUGAACUGACCUAUUGGCCCCUUCUGUGACACUGACAAUGUAUCUCCACAAGAGGGCAAUAUAGUCAUUGUUAUUGCUUUCUCCGUUCAUACAUAUGUUGUUGUAGUCGGCCAUUUUCAUCUUUUAUCCCUCUUAUUCUGCCUCAUGAACGUUUCCUAUGAUUGAAUCACUUUGUGGCUUCUACAGAGAUGGCGUGCCUUGGUUGAUAAAGUAUGUGCUUGUCAACCCAAAGUAACUGCUUCAAUGCUUCAAUUCAAUUCCUCUCAUCACCACAUGUCAAUUAAUUAGGGACAAGCAAAUGCUGACUUAUUGAUGACAUUUAUCUGUAUUUGUAACCCUUGAAAUGACUAUUCUAAAUAUUUCCACACUUAGUUCAACAUUAAAAUCACUCGGGGCAAGUGUGCAAUCAAUUCAGACAUUUUAAAAAAUAUUUCAACAUUUAGUGUAAUUUCAUAAUUUUGGUGAAAGUAUGGGCAGUUUAAAUGGCGCCCUCUGCUGGUGAAAACGUCACUUUUCUCAUCCGGCCAGACCCAAAGAAGGCAAAAAAAAAUCCCACUUCCGACGGGUCGAUUUUCACCUGUUUUACAGGUCCGCGGCUGACCUUUUUCAAGGUGUUUAAACAAUACUUUUCAAAACCCACCACACGCUUUUUUUUAACGCUUUUCUGACAUUUUUUGCAAAUUGUCGUUUUUUGAGCUGCCGAAAUGACACUUUUCUGGUCCGUGAGGUGGACAAAAGCGACCACGCAUUCAUCAGGGGUCCCGGCAGGGCCUAAAGAAGGUUGCUUUUUGACCGUUUUUUUGUUGCGAAUUCUUUUUUUGGCCAAAGUAAAGCCUUUCCCUAUUGGAUACCUUAUAAGUGGAUCACUGUUGCAUAAUAAGUCAAAAUACAUUAUGCUUUCCAGGAAAUCCUGUCUAAAGAGUGGGAAUUCCUCACCAUCCCUAAUGACAGUUUUUAUGUGUGUGUGUGUGUGUGUGUUAUAUUUAAAGACAUCCCAAUCCCAGUGGAAUGUGGGAAUGAUAUUCCAAAGGGUGACUUUAUCAGCGCAAUGUUUGGCAUUUUGCCUCUUAUUGAGCCAAGUGACAAAGUGCAUUAACAUUUGUGGAUAAGGACUGGUCUUUGGCUGGCCGGCUGCCAGGCAACAAAACAUAUGUUUAAAACUUUGAACACAGGCUUAGAAAGUCAAGGAGAAAACAACAAUAAGACAUACAACACAUUUGGACAAUGGGGACCUCAUCCUGUUCCGAGCAAUUCCAGUAUGUGGAUAUGCAAUCCUCUUUAUUUAGUACUGAAUUUGCAUUUUUCGUCCAAUGCUUUUUGAUCAAGGGGUGAUUGGGCGAUCGAGAAGGGGAGAGUGCGUGGCCCGCGGACGUUCCACAAUCAGGCCCCCCAAUCUUGGAGCUAAGUUUGCAGGGUCUCAUUGUGUGUCAAAUGAAUGACGACCCACGACUUGGCAAUCAUACUGCAUACAACUUUGCAAUCGCUCAGUCAACAAGGUCCCUGAAUUUACCAACACACUCGGUGUGUGCCAUCAGGAUUUUAUCUUUAUACUUUAACCAAGUGAACCCCUGAUCCUCUAUAAUCAAGGCAGUCUGAGGUUAAAGAUCAAAUUCAAAAUGGUUAAAAAAACUAUAAUUAAAGCCUCAACUCGCGAUCAUUUCUUCCUCUUUUGGUGCUUUUCUGCCCUAAUCUUAUCUUAUCCUAUCUGUAUGUUGUCACAGAUGACCUUCCACUCAAGCAGAUUAGACCAAAUGACUAUUCAACAUGUUUUUUUAAACGCAUUCUCCUCCUCUGCUUCCAUGCUGAUCAGAUGUUUUGCUUUAAAUGUCAGGUUUUUUAAAAAAAAAUAUGUGACCUCAGACAUGACUUCAUUUCUUUCAGAUUCACAAAUAGACAAGCAGGAUUUGAUAACCGCAAAUUACCGCCUCCCUUGUCAGGUCACACUCACAAGCAGCUCAGCAAAAUAAGGCUAAAUGCUACAUUUGUGGAAAGUGUUGGAAGAACAGCUUGUUGAAUAUCGUGAUGUAUUGAUUAGAUCUAAACAUCGAUUCAAUGUUUAGAUUUGCACCGUAAUGAUGAGUCAGGAGGAUAUGACAGUGGUAAGAUAGGUUAUCAAUCGGCCUCUUUUCUCACUGAUUAGCAGUGCAAAUAGUGGGCAUGCAGGACACUUGCUCUUUAUCGUUAGUCCUUCCUCUCUCAACAAACACUUUGUAAGAUAGUAGAUAUGAAAGAUACCAAAUAAGGGACUACAAGCAAGCAGCAGGUUUACAGGUAGUAAUAAUAAUAAUAAUAAUAAAAUCGUCUUGUCUUGUCAGUCGGGUGCCUUGUGAAAUAUCUCUUGACACACCCCUUCUAAAAAUACUAAAAAUUAAAUCAUCCAUUAAUUUUCUAUGCCGAUUAUCCUCACUAGGGUUACGGGGGUAUGCUGGAGCCUAUCCCAGCUGACUUUGGGUGAGAGGCGGGGUACAACCUGGACUGGUCGGACAUAAAAAAACAAUGAAAAUAAAUAUGAAAUAAAAGAGCACUACAUCCUCCGUACAACAUAGUGGACAUGUUUUGCAAUAACUGUUGUGCAAAAAUACAACAUUUACAUUACAUCCAGGCCCAACAUUUUUUCUAUUAAACUAACAUUUAAAAAAAAUAUAAAUAAUGCUUUAAAUGAAUUCUAAACUACACUACAUUCUAUUAAGUGAGCGGUUCAAAAUAUCAAAAUCAAAGUAAAUAACCAUAAUUCCUGCCAUUAAAAAAUACUCCAUAACAUGGUGAGCAUUUGAAAAUAGAAUAAAAUAACAUAAACAUUCACAUUUAGUUCCAUUUAAACUAGACUAUUUUUCAUUAAUUGAGAAAAUCAAUCCAUCCAUUUCUAUUUCCAUUUCUUAUGCUCACGAGGGUCACGGGUAUGCUGGAGCCUAUCCCAGCUGACUUCAGGCAAGAGGCGGGGUACACCCUGGACUGAACAUCACAUCUCCACCCAGAGAUGGCCAAGCAGAGAAUGGAACCCAGAUAUUCCUGCAUUAUACUCCACAAACUUAAGUUCGUCAUAUCGCCAACGCUGGCUUUGGACUCUGGGUGCUGAUGCUGACUGAAUGGCAAGAGGCAUAGUAAGUAAGGCGCUGGCGUGCUGAAGGGUGGGGAUUAUGUCUAGUAACGUAAAUGGGUCCAAGUGAAGGCUGCAGAGGCGUGUUGUGGGUUGGGUCACACUGGCACUUUAAAAGACACUUGCUAAGCUUUGGGAGCAGUACACCAGAAGCCGGGCUGAGAGAGAGGAGGUUUCAGGUCUUUCAAGUGUCAUUUUUUUUCCCUUUCCCAACUUUUAAAAAAUUAUUUUUCCCACUGUGGGCGGUGGGGCAGGCAUGGGUAGGUUUGUGUGGUUGGUCCUGUUCCUGCUGCCAGCGCUGGAGGGCUGUGACGCUCUGCCAGAGAACUGGCUGCCAGGGGAGUAUUCCAAUACCACUGCUGAUGCAGCCAGGUUCCUGAAUGACUACAACAGCACUGCGGAGGAGGUUUUCUUCCAUAGUGUCUCAGCAAGCUGGAACUACAACACCAAUUUGACAGAACACAACUCCCAACUCCAGGUAAAUGCAUCCCUGGAAGAGCAGGCCUUCACUGAGGCCUGGGGGCUCAAGGCCAAGCAGGUGUUCACUCGCGAGCUGCUUGAUUCCCUCCCUGACCCUAAAGAUAAGAAACUGAUGAGCAAAGUCAUGGUCCUGGGAGCUGCCAACCUGCCUCCCGAAGAAAGACAAGAGUAUAACACCAUUCUCAGCACCAUGGACAGUAUUUAUUCCACCGCUAAGGUGAAUCCACAGCCCAACAUCAGCUGGAGCCUGGAACCUCAUCUAACUGACAUCAUGGCUACCUCCAGGAGCUACAAGAAGCUGCUUUAUGCUUGGGAGGGCUGGCACAACGAAUCAGGCGUCCCCCUCAAGAAGCACUACCCCAGGUUUGUGCAGCUCAGCAACAAAGCCUCGCAAGCUGAUGGAUUUAAGGACACAGGUGAUGACUGGCGCUCUUGGUAUGAGACAGACAACUUCCAGGACGUCAUCGAGGAACUGUAUAAGACAAUAGAGCCGCUUUAUCAGAACCUGCAUGCCUACGUGCGCCGCCAGCUCUACAACCAGUACGGACCCAAGUACAUCAACCUGAGAGGACCAAUCCCGGCGCAUCUGCUCGGAAAUAUGUGGGCCCAGACCUGGAACAAUAUCUACGGUUUGAUGAUACCAUAUCCUGACAAACCCAACAUAGACGUGACUGACGAAAUGGUCAAACAACGCUACAAUGCCACACACAUGUUCACAGUCGCCGAGGAUUUCUUCAUAUCUUUGGAUUUAGCUGAGAUGCCUCAGGAAUUCUGGGAAAAAUCUAUGCUGGAGAAGCCCAACGAUCGGGAGGUGGUGUGUCACGCAUCCGCCUGGGACUUUUACAACCGCAAAGACUUCAGGAUAAAGCAGUGCACGACAGUGACCAUGGAGCAGCUCUUCACCGUCCACCAUGAGAUGGGUCACGUUCAGUAUUACCUCCAGUACAAGGACCAACCGGUGGGCUUCCGUCGCGGGGCCAAUCCCGGAUUUCAUGAGGCUAUCGGCGAUGUCUUGUCCCUUUCUGUUUCCACACCAAAACAUCUGAAGACCAUUGGACUGCUGGAUUCUGUGACCUCUGAUACUGAAUCAGAUAUUAACUACCUGUUAAAGAUGGCUCUGGAGAAGAUAGCCUUCCUUCCUUUUGGCUAUCUCAUUGACCAGUGGCGAUGGGGCGUAUUCAAUGGGAAUACACCCCCAGACCGCUACAACUCUGAAUGGUGGUACCUCAGGACAAAAUAUCAAGGCAUCUGCCCGCCCACCAAGCGCACCGAGGACCACUUUGAUGCCGGCGCUAAAUUCCACAUUCCUGGAAACACACCGUACAUCAGGUAUUUUGUCAGCUUCAUCCUGCAGUUCCAGUUUCAUGAAAAACUGUGUAGUGCAGCCAAACACAACGGACCCUUGCACAAAUGUGAUAUCUACCACUCUGCAGAAGCGGGGGCGAUUUUAAAGAAAGUUCUUCAGGCAGGUUCGUCAAAACCAUGGCCUGUCGUGCUACAAGAGGCUCUAGGCACAGACAAGAUGAAUGCAAGCUCGCUGAUGAGCUACUUCGCCCCCGUCAUUGAGUGGCUGCGACAGCAAAAUGUCGAUGAGACCAUCGGAUGGCCUGACUUCAAUUGGGUCCCACCCAUUCCUGAGGGCUACCCAGGGGAUAUCGAUAAGAAUACAGAUGAACUUGAAGCAAAGAAGCUUCUCGAUGAGUACAACAGUACAGCUGAAGUGGUGUGGAAUGCUUACACGGAGGCCUCGUGGGCCUACAACACUGACAUCAAUGAAGCCAAUAAGCAGAAGAUGCUUGAGAAGAAUCUGGAGAUGUCAUCCCACACUUUGAGGUACGGGCAGCUGGCGCGGCGGUUCGACACAGCUGACUUCCAGGAUGCCUCGGUCAAGCGUAUCAUUAAAAAACUCAGCGACAUCGAGAGGGCCGCGCUGCCAUCAGCACAGCUUGAAGAGUACAACAGUCUCCUGUCCAACAUGGAGACCAAGUACAGUGUGGCCAAGGUCUGCAAGGACAACGGCCAAUGCCUCCCACUGGAUCCUGACCUCCAGAAGACCAUGGCAGAGUCCAGAGACUACGAUGAACUGUUAUUUGCCUGGAAAGGGUGGCGAGAUGCAGCCGGGAAAGUACUUCGCACAGAUUAUAAAAGAUAUGUAGAACUGGCCAACCAAGCUGCCAGACUCAACGGUCACAGCGACAACGGUGCUUACUGGCGCUCUCUGUAUGAAACGCCAACAUUUGAGGAAGACCUGGAGCGUCUGUGGAAGCAGCUGGAGCCGCUCUACCUGAACGUGCACGCCUAUGUUCGCAGGGCUCUGUACAAAAAGUAUGGUCCAAAGCGCAUCAACCUGAGAGGACCCAUACCCGCUCACCUGCUGGGUAACAUGUGGGCCCAGACGUGGUCUGGCAUCAUGGACCUAGUCCUGCCGUAUCCAGAUGCCACGCAAGUUGAUGCCACGCCAGCUAUGUUGGAAAAUGGCUGGAACGCGAAAAGAAUGUUCCAGGAAUCAGACAAAUUUUUCACCUCUUUGGGACUGCUGCCUAUGCCAAAGGAGUUUUGGGAGAAAUCCAUGCUGGAGAAGCCCAUCGAUGGGCGCCAAGUGGUUUGCCACGCCUCUGCUUGGGAUUUCUAUAACAGAAAAGACUUCAGAAUCAAACAGUGCACCGUGGUGACCAUGGAUGACUUGAUCACCGUCCACCACGAGAUGGGCCACGUCCAGUACUUCCUGCAAUACAAGGAGCAGCCCGUGUCGUUCCGUGAGGGAGCCAACCCUGGCUUCCACGAGGCCAUCGGUGAUGUGUUGGCACUCUCUGUGUCCACACCCAAACACCUGAAGAGCAUCGGUCUCCUGGACAAAGUGGAGGACAACCACGAGAGCACCAUCAACUUCCUGAUGAACAUGGCGCUUGAUAAGAUUGCCUUCCUGCCCUUUGGUUACCUGAUGGACCAGUGGAGAUGGAAGGUAUUUGAUGGACGCAUCCCAUCGUCUGAAUACAAUAAAGAGUGGUGGAACCUCAGGAUGAAGUACCAGGGCCUGUGUCCGCCUGUUGCCCGUACAGAGAAUGACUUUGACCCAGGUGCAAAGUUCCACAUCCCCGCUAGCGUUCCCUACGUGAGGUACUUUGUCAGCUUUAUUAUCCAGUUUCAGUUCCACAAGGCCCUGUGUAACGCCGCCAAGCACCAGGGGCCUCUACACACGUGUGAUAUUUAUCAGUCUCAGGAAGCUGGGAAGCUGCUGGGUGAUGUCAUGAAGUUAGGCGGCAGCAAGCCCUGGCCUGAGGCUAUGCGGAUGAUGGCGGGCCAGCCCGAUAUGAGCGCCGAGCCACUUAUGGAAUAUUUCGAACCUCUCAUUAAAUGGCUGGAGGCGGAGAACACUAAGAACAACGAUAUCCGCGGGUGGCCUGAUUAUGACUGGAAGCCUUCAAGUGCAACCAGCACUACGGACUUCCUGGGGAUGGACGUGGAGAGCGCAGCCGCCAUUGCAGGCCAGUGGGUCCUGCUGGUCCUGGGCCUGGUUCUCUUGGUAGCCACCAUUGUCCUGGCCUACAAGUACAGGAAGUCAAAGAAGUCCGGUAGGUCAUUAUCCACGAUAGAGCUCAAACAAAAAGACUAAAUAGCUAGCGUACUUUAGCUUUAGCACAGUAACAGCCCUAAUGUGAAUAUUGGUGUUUUGUCAGUGUACAGUGCACACGAUCACAUUUGCUUUCCUUUGUCUGCCACCCUAAUAUGUCUUGUAUAUUUAUUGUAUACACUUGGAGCCCAAAACCUUUUUUUGUUGGCCUGGCAAAAUCACAUUGCACCAUUUUGUAAUUUAUUUGUAAUAUGUUCAUACUUAGGGAGCAAAUAUUUGUAAAGUUAUUGUUUGUGUAAACAUAUUUGAUUUUGUUCUUAUUUCUACAAUAAUAAAAAAAAGUACAAAAGUACUACGACGUUUCAAUUGGACCUUAUUGCAGGAACAAUUUAAUUACAUUGCAGAAAAAAAACUGUGCAUUCGUUUGAGUCCUCAAAGGGGCCAGUGUAAGGCCCACAAAAAAAAUACCUGGCAGCUCUCAGGUAACAUGAACAACAAAUAGUCCCACCAGAGACGACCAAAUCAAUGUCCUCUUAGUCCACGCUGGUUUUCAGUGCUCAAAGGUACAGAACCGACUGGGAUGUCGUCCAAAAGUUUGCCUCACAGCAAACGGCGUACACCCACUGGCCACAACAUUAGGUACAAGUGCACAUCAUGUCAUGUAAUAGCUACAUGAGUGGCUCUUGGUAUGAUGCAGCCUACUUUUGAUAACCACAACAAUAAACAUAAACUGCUAAAUUGUGCCAGUGUACCUAAUGAGGUAGCCGGUUAGUCAAUAAAACAUAUGUACGUCACGUAUUACACAACUACAUACAAUGCCGCCUCUAGUUGAUUACGAUAUUUACAAAGCGUUAUUAAAUCCAGUGUUAUGACUCCCUGUUAUGAGAUCAUUCGAAAAAGAUCCCCUGCCAUGUUUACACAAGACUGUAUAAUAAAUAGUCAUCAAUACAGGGGCAAGAGAAUCAAGUAGUACU